AUGCCCUUCCCCAACAGCUCUGACCUCAGCCCAUCCUCCUUCAUCUUGGCCAGUAUCCCAGGGCUGGAGGCUGCCCAUUUCUGGAUGGCGAUCCCUUUGUGCUCCGUGUACCUUAUGGCUGUCGCAGGCAACUGCAUGGUGCUGUUCAUCGUCAAGACGGAGCCCAGCCUGCACGUUCCCAUGUACUUCUUCCUCUGCAUGCUGGCUGCCAUCGACCUGGCCUUGUCCACCUCCACGGUGCCACGUGUCCUCGCCUUCUACUGGUUCAACACCAGGGAGAUCAGCUUUGGAGCCUGCCUUGUCCAGAUGUUCUUCAUACACACGCUCUCGGCCAUUGAGUCCACCGUCCUCCUGGCCAUGGCUGUGGACCGCUACGUGGCCAUCUGCCACCCGCUGAGACACGCUGCCAUCCUCACCAAUGCAACGACAGCAAAAAUAGGGCUGGCAGCCAUGGUCAGAGGAGUUCUCUUCUUCCUGCCCUUGCCUUUGCUCCUGCUGCCCCUUCCCUUCUGCAGCUCACGGGUGCUGUCACACUCCUUCUGCCUGCAUCAGGACGUGAUGAACCUGGCCUGCGCCAACACGACCCCCAGCGUGGUGUAUGGCCUCACCGCCAUCCUGCUGGUCAUGGGGCUGGACGCCCUCCUCAUCUGCAUCUCCUACUUCCUGAUCCUCAAGGCUGUCCUGCGGCUGGCGUCGUGGAAGGAGAGGCUCAAGGUGUUCAGCACCUGCAUUGCCCAUAUCUGCGUGGUCCUGGCCUUCUACGUGCCACUGAUCGGGCUGUCAGUGGUGCACCGGUUUGGGAAGGAUCUGGCCCCGCUGGUCCAUAUCAUCAUGGGGUACAUCUACAUCCUUGUGCCAGCUGUGCUCAACCCCAUCAUCUACGGGGUGAGGACUAAAGAGAUACAGAGGAGGAUCCUAAAUUUCAUUCACAUACACAACAACAGAACUGCCCAGUGA